GUUAACUAAACUGCGUUCUGCGGGUUCUCGUAUAUAGAUACCUUGACUGAGUGAAUAACCGUGCGAGCUCCGUCUGCGUCCAAACUAGGUUUAUGUCACAGCCCACAAUAAGGUUCUGAGGUUUUAGCUUUAGUGGGAGGCUGCGAGGCGAGACGUUUUAUGCGAGUCAGAACUGCGCCAGAAGCGAACCCUGGGGAACCACACGCGUUCAAGAUGAAGUAAUCAGACGGGCUUCUGCGAGCUAUUGAGUCACGGAGAUAGCAGCGAGCCCGUUUGGAGGUGCUUCGACGAUUCUCAGGAUGGGCGCCUCUGUACGCCACCAGACGCGGGCGCUGUUCGCCAAGAGCGCUGUCUACCAGCGCCGCAACACCGCCACCAACGUCUGCCUGGUGGUGGCACCCAUCUUCUUCUGCGUGCUGCUAGCGGCGCUGCAGCUGCUGGCGAACAAGCUCCUGCUGAACCAGCGCAGCAACAAGUGUGGCUGCCAAUGCUUGGAGUGCUGCAUCCCGCGGCGGGAGCAGGUGCCCUGGACUGCGGAGCAGCAGGCACGCAUCGACGCCGGGGAACAGCUGACGCCGCGCUUCCGGCGCUAUGACGACUGCCAGCCGCUGAGCACGGGCUACUGCGAGCGCUGGCGCAACAGCACCUGCCGCACCUACAACGACUCCAGUUGCAGCCUGCGCUUCAGCUCGCCGCAGCAGGCCAUCUUCUGCCCCAUCCCCACGCCCAGCUCCUGGCCGCCCGUCAUCAUGACCCCGCGGCGCGCCUUCCGCGCGGGCGGCCCCUCCACCCAGUGGCUUCCCUUCACCGGCCGCAACAUGACCGCGGCCACCGCCGUGGCAGCAAACUUGAUGCAGGCGCCGGAGCUGCCGAACCCGCGGGCGCUGAUCGAUCUGCUGAACCAGUCUCCGCUGGCGCUGCUGAGCCUGCGGCCAGAGAAGCUGCUGCAGCUGCUGCUGCCGGUGCUGGCGCCCGGGGGGCUGGUGCUGGACGACGGCGAGGGGGUGGACCUGGCGCAGCUCAGCCGGCUGGGGCUCAACUUCGGGUCGGGGCUGUGGCCCAACAACGACUACUAUCUGGAGAACGCCUUCAUCAAUUCCAACACCAACAACAGCCAGCUCAACUUCCUGGUGCCAUCGGGCGUGUGCAACGCCACUGGCCUGUAUAGACUGACCACCUCCACCAGCAACCAGAUGCCGCUGGCGUCCAUGCUGCUAGCCUACUACAACGCCACCUACCCCGCCGUGCUGGGGCCCGUGCUGCGCCUGCUCAACGUCACAGCAGACACCAUCAUGACGCUUGUGGGCGACAGCGCGCUCAGCGCCGUCACCGCCGCCUGUGUGGACACGCUGGCGCGCGAGGCAAACACCACGGAGCAGCUGGACCGGCGCCUGUACUGCGGCUUCGGAUCGGCCCGCUGUGACGGCACACUGUUCUGGCGCGAGUACGGCGCCGCCUGGGACUUCGAGUCGCUGGGCCCCACGGACCUGGUGUACACCGCCCACCACAACCUGUCGCUGCCGGCGGACAACGGCCCCGAGAACUACCGCCUGCCGGGCCUGCUCAACAUGGCCACACGCGCCUGGACGCAGACCUACUGGGGCAACUCGGCCAUUGUGGGCCGUGUGCGCAACCGGUUGAUGGGCGUCAUGUCCUUCCCCAAGGCCCCCACCGACCUCAAGCUGGACUUCUCGGUGCUCCUGGGGCCGCUGUUCUACACGUGGGUGAUCCAGAUGUUGAUGCCCUCGCUGCUGCAGCAGCUGGUGUACGAGAAGGAGAAGCGGCUGCGCAUGAUGAUGAAGAUGCACGGCUUGGGCGACGGAGCCUACUGGUUCGUCACCUACAUCUGGUACCUCAUGCUCUACUGCGUGUACAUGGUGUUUUUCGUGGUGUUCGGCAGCGCCAUCCGGCUCAAGAUCUUCACCACCAACAGCUACUCUGUGCAGGCGGUGCUGUACUUCAUAUUCGGCAACAACAUGAUCGCCUUCAUGUUCGUGCUUUCCAGCCUGUUCCAAUCCUCCCGCACCGCCACCGUGGUGGCCUUCCUCUACAUCUUCGCCUCGGGGCUCAUCGGCGAGCUGCUGCUGCGGCAGCUGAUGCACGACCACCCCGCCUGGAUCAUAGCGGUGGAGCUCAUCCCCGGCUUCGCGCUGUACCGCGGGCUGUACGAGAUGAGCGAGUACUCCAUCCGCGCGCUGUUCGCCAACGUGCCCGGCCUCACGUGGCCCGACCUGGCCGACCCCAACAACGGCAUGUACGGCGCCUGGGUCAUCCUGGCAGCGGAGUGGCCCGUGUUCAUGGUGCUGGGCUGGUACCUGGAGCAGGUGCUGUCCAACGGCACGGGCAUGCGGCGCCACCCGCUGUUCUUCAUUCGCUGGAUGUGGCACAAGCCCAACACGGAUCUGGCGGCGACGCUGACGGAGCACCCGAACCUCGUGCUCGCGGGCGCCGGCGGCGGCGCCGGUGGUGCCGGCUCGGACUCGGGCGCCGCCGGCCACCUCACAGGCGGCAAGGAGGCGGCGUGCAUGGUGCCGCCACCCGGCGGCGAGAUUGAGAUGAAGCGCGGGGGCCCAGGCAGCAGCAAGGGCCCCGUGGCGGAGGGCGUCAGCAGGAGCGGCUCGGGCGCUGCAGCCGCCGCUGCUGCGGAUGCUGUUGCGGUAGGCGGUGCUGCCGGCGCUGCGGCCGGAGAGGGUGGCAGGCCUGCCAGCGCAGGGCCGGAGGCUGCAGAGGAGGCGCGGGCGGCUAGCCGCGGCAGCAGCAUCCGUGGCGGCGUAGCGGAUGAUGCGGUGUCGCUGCCGGGUUCCAUCCCGGACACCAACACCGACCCCCCCGGCAGCGCAGGCGGCGCAGCUGCCGGCGCAGGCGUGGCGCUGGUGACGGCGACGGCCGUGGACGCGGCUGCUGCUGCGGGCGCCGCCAGCAGCAGCGGCGACGCCAGUCCGCACUCGGCGGCGGUGGCCUCCCCAAUGAGCCCGGUCAGCGGCACCGCCAGCACCAGCUCGGGCGCCUCCUCCUCCCUGCAGCCAGCGGUGGCCGCGGCGACCACGACAUCCGCCCCCGCCGCCGCCGCCGCCGCCGCCGCCGCGGCGGUCACCUCCACGGCCUCUUCUUCCUCGGCCUCUGGAGACGCGCGCAUCAUCGUUCAGCCGGGGGCGGCGGCCGCUGGCACGCUCGGCAGCCUCAAGUUGGGGGGCAAGGAUGCGAACGGCGGCGGCGGCGCUAGCGACGCGGCGCCGAUUGUGAUUGAUGCCAAAGACGUGGCGGCGGAAGCUGACCGCGUUGCGGCGAUGUCAACGGAGCACCUAGCAGACACGCCAAUCGUGGUGCGGGGCCUCAGCAAGGUGUUUGCGACGGAGCGCGGCGGCAGCGGCGCGGCCCGCGGCGGCAGCUGCCUGACGGCGUGCUGCGGCGUCACGGGCGGGCGGGCGGCGGUGCGGUCGCUGACGCUGGCGAUUGAGCGCGGGGAGUGCUUCGGCCUGCUGGGGCCCAACGGCGCAGGCAAGACCACCACCAUCAACAUGCUCACGGGCUUCCUGGAGCCUAGCGGCGGCGACGCGCUGGUGGAGGGGCGCUCGGUGCGCACGCGCAUGCCCGAGAUCUACCGCAUGAUGGGCGUGUGCCCGCAGGAGAACCUGCUGUGGGAGCAGCUCACGGGCGAAGAGCACCUGAUGUUCUACGGCCGGCUCAAGGGACUGGCGGGCGCACCACUCACAGAGGCCGUCGCCGCCAGCCUGCGCGCCGUCAAGCUGCACAUCAACGACGCGGGCCGGCGGCGCGUGUCGGCCUACAGCGGCGGCAUGAAGCGGCGGCUGAGCGUGGCCAUCAGCUUCAUCGGCGCGCCCAAGGUGGUGUACCUGGACGAGCCGUCCACGGGCCUGGACCCAGCCUCGCGCCGCUCGCUGUGGGACGUGGUGCGCGCGCACAAGGCCGGGCGCGGCAUCAUCCUCACCACCCACUCCAUGGAGGAGGCCGAGAUCCUGUGCGACCGCCUAGGCAUCUUCGUGGACGGCCAGCUGGUGUGCAUCGGCAACCCGCGCGAGAUCACCUCGCGCUACGCCGGCUACUUUGUGUUCACGCUCACCGUGGCGCCGGGGCACGAGGAGGCGGCGCAGGCGUUCGUACGGCGCAUGAGCCCCGCCGCGCGGCUGACGUACGCGCUGGGCGGCACGUUCAAGUACGAGCUGCCGCAGGCUGACGUCAGCCUGGCGGGCGUGUUCGCGGCCAUGGCGGGCGCCAAGGCGUCCAUGCAGGUGCUGGACUGGGGCGUGGCCAACGCGACCAUGGAGGAGGUGUUCAUCAAGUUCGCGCGGGCCAUCGGCGCGGAGACCAGCGAGGGGCACUGAGGGCGCGCAGGAGGGAGAUGAGGGGCGCGUAGAUUGCAUUGGUUACAAGAGGGACCUGCUGACGCAGUUCACGCGCGUAGGGCUGGGCGGAACGGGAGGCGGGGAGGAGCGGCGUGUGGAGGGAGGGUUUGAUGAGUGCGUGCGAAGGGGAGGAGGGGCGUGAGGUACGAGGGUCGUUUCCUAUGCCACAGCUCGGAGGAGCAGGGAGGAUGUUGGCUCGCAGCGGACGGCGUGUGCUUUGCGUGUAUGCGCAUGUUUAUGUGUGAUGUAGGAUGCCUGGGCAACCGGAUUUCUUGUAUAUACCGUUGGACGUUGGUAAGGGCGUGUGGCCUUGUGGAUGUGAACCCAAGAGCGCGCCACUUAAGUUAGAAUUUCAAUGCUGGAAGGAUCGCGCCAGACCUGCCAGUUGGCACGUGAAUGUACAUGGUGAGCCGCGAGUCCUGCUGGGCACUGUGCGAGGGCGUGCGCGCCCAGCACUUUGGGGCUGUGCCCUAACCGUCAGUUGUGAGUCGAGGGUCCUCAGCAGCGCUGCUGCAGCGGCUCGAGCGCCUACCUCCUCGUGCCGGUCGACUGUGAAUGGGGCAAUGCCGUCGCACUGAAUUUCGGUGUGAGGACGUCGCUUUGGCAGAUGGCAUUGUGGAGGCCCGGGGCGCUCUUGGGUUAACGCCCAUUGUGGAGGCCUGGGGCGCUGUGGAGGCCCAGAGUGCCCUUGGAUCAACAUGAGCCGGUCUGAUCAAGCCCGCUGAUUGCGUCUGUAAACCACCGCUUCU